GCUCAUACCUUCAACCUCACCUCUCACUCAUCUCAUACCUCGGUCUCAAAACCAAAAAGUAGAACCGGAAACCCACAAAACCCAAGACCUCCAUCCAGGAAAUCUCCCGGGUUUUUUGGAAUCGCAAGACGACGUGUGAUCAAGCAGGACAAAGUCCAACUCGCGGAUUGUGAAAGGGACCAGGCCCAAGGCGACCGAGGAAGAUGACAUGAUGGAAGCAUCCCACCCCGCGGCAGGAUGGGAGAACGUCGGCGAAAAAUGGUACCGUAAAGUCCAGCUCUACACCGAGGUAUUCGACCAAGACCUCGACCUCGACAACUACAUCGUCGCCGGCGCCCCCUACGGCGGCGCCCUCGCCCUCCUACGGGACGACACCAAAAUCCAGGCCGUUCGCGCCGCCCCGAGCAACAGCAAAACCGGCGGCGGCUCAUCAAGCAGCAGCAAGCCCGGCAUCGACAUCUACUCGUACGCCGGCAAACUCCUCCGCAGGAUCCCGUGGGACCAAGGGUCCGGCGCGAUCAAGGGGCUAGGAUGGGCGAGCGUCCAGGGCGGCGAGGAGAAGCUCCUCGUCGUCACGGCGGACGGGACGGUGAGGGUGUAUGAUAUCCAGGGCGAGUUCACGCAGUUCUCGCUCGGCAACGGCGCGGACGAGGUCGGCGUCGUCGGGUGCCGGUUCUACGAGACGGGUAUGGUCGCCUUACUCGGCGGCAACGCGCUCGUCUCCGUCACGUCGUACGCAGAGCCGCGGCCCAAGUUGCUCGCUGCGCCGCCGGAGGACCAGGGCGAGAUUCACGCGUGGGCUGUGGUUUCGCCUGACCACACGCUAUCGCGGUCCGUCGAGGUGCUGCUGAGUAUCGGGGAGACUGUGUAUGUUGCCGACGCGGCUGAGUGCGAGGAUCGGUUCCUUGAUAUUGGACCGUUUAGCCACAUCAGUGUCUCGCCUGAUGGGAGGCUGAUUGUCUUGUAUACCAAGACGGGGAAGGCGCAUGUUAUAUCAAGCGAUUUCCAGGAGCGGUUGGUGGAGCACGAUUCGCAGUCGAGGAUCCCGCCGAAAUAUGUUGAGUGGUGCGGCUCCGAUGCGCUGAUUGCGUGGGAGGAUGAGGUGCACAUUAUCGGGCCCGAUAGCGCGACGGCCGAAUUCUUUUACGAUGGGCGGGUUCACGUUAUCUCGGAAAACGACGGCGCGAGACUCAUCACAAACGACGUGUGCGACUUCCUCGAACGCGUCCCCCACGCCACAGAAGACGUCUUCGGCACCCGCGCAGAGUCGUCAGCGGCCUCCAUCCUCCUCGACGCCGUCGGCCAGCUGGAGCUCCAGUCCCCGAAAGCAGAUGACUACAUCCAGCUCAUCCGCGCCAACCUCACCGAGGCCGUCGACACGUGCGUCAACGCCGCCGGCCGUGAGUUCAGCGUCCACUGGCAGAAGCAGCUCCUGAAAGCCGCCUCCUUUGGCAAGUCCGUUCUCGAUAUCUACAACAGCGACGAGUUUGUCGACAUGUGCGAGAUCCUCCGCGUCCUCAACGCCGUGCGAUUCUUCGAAGUCGGCCUGCCGCUGUCCUUUGAUCAGUACCAGCGCCUUACCCCCGAAGGAUUGAUAAAGAGACUCAUCAACCGACACGAAUACCUUCUCGCCCUCAAGAUCGCGGGCUACCUCCGCCUCCCCACAGACCGCAUCUAUGUUCACUGGGCCUCCGCCAAAGUCCGCUCCGGUACCGAAGACGACGACACGAUAUGCCGCCUCGUCGUCGAGCGCCUCUCGGGCAAACCAGGCAUCUCCUUUGAAGAAAUCGCCCGCGCAGCCUACGACGAAGGGCGAGGCCGCCUCGCCACCGAGCUCCUCAACCACGAACCUCGCGGCGGCCGGCAGGUGCCCCUCCUCCUCAGCAUGGAAGAAGACGAGCUCGCCCUGGAUAAAGCGAUCGAGAGCGGCGACACGGACCUCAUGUACACCGUCCUCCUCCAGCUCAAGAAGAAGCUCCCGCUGGCAGCCUUCUUCCGCGUAAUCAACGCCCGCCCCGCGGCCACCGCGCUCGUCGAGUCCUCGGCCGCGCGCGAGGGCGACAACGCACUCCUCAAGGACCUGUACUACCAAGACGACCGCCGCGUCGACGGCGCGAGCGUCUUCAUCCGCGAGUCUCUCGCCCAGGCUGACGCCCGCACAGCAUCCGACAAGCUCGCGCUCGCCGCCAAGCUGCUCUCCGACUCCCGCGAGGCGUCGUUCGAGGUGCACGCUCUCAAGGAGGCGCAGACGCUGCUCAAGAUGCAGGAGGCGUUUGACCGCGACCUGACUGACACCUUUACGGGGCUCAGCGUCAACGAGACCAUGUUUAAGCUUAUUCGGCUGGGGUACCACAAGCGUGCGACAAAGAUUCAGAGCGAGUUCAAGGUACCGGAGAAGGUUGCUUGGUGGCUCAGACUACGCGCCCUCGUUGCAAAGCGAGACUGGAACGAAAUUGAAGAACUCGCAAAAACGAGAAAAAGCCCGAUUGGGUGGGAGCCGUUUUACAACCUCACGCUGCAGGCGGGCAACCCGCGGCUGGCGGCGGUCUUUGUGCCAAAGUGCACGGGUCUGGAACCGGGAACGACGAUUACCAUGUACGAAAAGUGCGGGAUGCGGGUCAAGGCGGCGGAGGAGGCGGUGAAGCUCAAGGACGCCGAGGCGUGGGGUAGGCUCCUCGAGGCGGCGGGACGGGGAACGCAGGAGGGGCGGGAGAUUGAGAAGCUCGGAGCUGCGGUUUUCAAGAAGUGAGGCUGGCGAUUGUUUUUUUCGCGAAGGCGAGGUAGGCGAAGCAUUUGACGCUUUAUUCGAGGGAUGAAGACGAUGAGAUCAGACGAAGACGAUGGGGCGGGGGGUGUUAGGGUUAAAGGGGGUUGUCGUCGGUGUUUUAAUCUCCCUCCUUACCAUACCAUACGUAAUCUGAGCAGAAUUAAGGUGAUGCUCUAUGGCUGCUGUCGAAGAGGAAGAGCCUCCUUCCUUGAGGGUUUACGUUUGAGGCGAUGUACAAAUGGGAAUGGGAGCCGUCGUCGAUCCGGGGUAAGCUUGCCCACCGGCCGGUCGGGAACUAGGACUUCCCCAGGUCCAGGACGUGCGUGCGCGUAACGUAGUUUCUAGCUUUGUCGAAGUCUUCACGACCGAUUAUGCCAAAGGGAAAACUCAGGCCAUGCCAAGCCCUAGGUCUGCU